GCGGGGCGUCAGCCGCAACGCGUGUUCACUAUCGAACCGAGGCUAUUCGAGUAUAUAAAAGCUUUUCAGUUGCAACUCAACUAAGACAGUUAACAGCUGCGUUUACUUAAAGCAACAACAUGAAACUUCUUGUGACUUUUGUAGCCAUCAUCUUAAGCGUCAACGCAUACAAAGUACGAGUCAUCGACUCCAUCUCAUCGGCUUCGAGCGAGGAGCUACUGAUUACACCGGCCGUACAACCUCAACCAAUUAUACCAGUGCCAGAUUCCAUUGCUUCUGUAUCUAGUAGCGAGGAAGUUAUUCUACUACCACCUGGGGGUCCACGGGAAUCGCCUUUACCGGGAGUAGGUGUCGUGUCACAGUCCAUUUUACAAGCCGUAAAGGUUAAGCCGCCUAAAUAUGGCAAUGUUUUGGAUACCAAUCGCGUACUCGCACAAAUAUUUGGACCACAAGAUGCCACUGCAUAAGGCGUGCGAGUUCAUGGCUAAGUUGAAACACAGGAACGUCGACAAUGAUCAGAUGAUGAACACAUAAAAUGCGAAAUGAAAAGCUGAAAGCUAGGUAAAACAAAGCUACGCAACUUGGAUGAAAUAUACACUAAGAAAUUAAUAUUUUCACAUAUUGAUUUACUUCCUUACUUCAAAUUCUUAGUUAGGGAAGUUUCGAUCCAAUAUAAACUCAAACUAAAUUAAAUAAAUUUUCUAUUUUUCAAAUUACGAAAA